AUGAAUGAUGAAAACUUGAAUUGGAUUCUCAAGUAUCCUAAUGAGUUUUCACGAGAAGAUUUUGAGUCUCAACACAUGCAUGUACUUAAGUAAGAACAAUUUGGGUAAUUAAAAGAAUCAGAUGAAAUUUUGAAUGCAUAACUCUAUACAUUUUGGAAUGGAACAUUGGAAUAUAGUAAAUUUAUAUUAAUGCCAAAUUUACUAAUCAAGGUAACCAUCUAAAAUGGCUUGUUACAAAUACCACAAUCUCAAUUUAAUCAAAGUGGAGCUACCUAUUAUUUAUCCCUAUCGGAGUGUACGAUCACUUAGAAAAUGAUCCAACAUAGAUCACAAUAAGCUUUUGGCAUGCUCUUAACCAAUUCAAUAGGCACCACUUACUUAUUCUUCUCCAAUUUCGUAACCUUUAGAACCUGGUACAAAUAAAUGAAACAAUUUUGUAAACUCACAGGCUUUCUUGAUAAAUACAAAUUGGGUGACAAAUUAUUGCCUGGAUUCUACACAUGCACUAAGAAAACCAAGAAAACCCAAUACACAGUCCAAAUUUACAAAAGUGAUGAUUUCGAACAAUGUUAAGAAUUAGAAGACGCUGUUUAUAAUGAAAUUUAGAUACUGAGGAGUAUCAAACAUCAAUCCUUGUUAGAAUUAAAGAGAGUAUAUGAGAAUAAUAAGUAUCUUUUUAUUGUCUAUGAAUACUAUAAAGGUGAGACCCUCUUCAAUCUACUAAAUUCUAAUCUCUAAUUACAUGAAGUAUAAAUUGCAUCUAUUAUAUAUUAAAUCCUCCAAGUCGUUAAAUUUCUCAAUUAGCAUCAAUUUUAUCAUGGUAGCAUCAACCCUCAGAAUGUCUUAAUCAACACUCAACAUCAAAUGCUAUAAAUCACACUCAUAAAUCUCUCCUUCAAAGAAUAUAAAGUCAAUGACAAAUUAGAUUGGAUCUUGAAUAGAGCAGUCGAGUCUUUCUUAGCUCCUGAGAUCUUUGAAGGCAUCGCACCCAACAUAUCGACUGAUAUCUAUGCAUUAGGCUGUGUAUUAUAUUUUAUGACCUAUUAUGAUUCAAAAAAAUAUGAAAUCAAGAAUGAAGAUAAAGAUUUUUAUAAUGUUAUGGACAAUUUUGAGAUUCAAAAAAAUAGAAUUGAUGAAAGUGAACAACAAUUAAAAGUGGGUUUCUAAUAAAAUCAAUAGAAAAGCAAAGUCAGUUCGUCUUAAUUGGAUCUUCUAAGAAAAAUGCUAGAAACUGAUGCAAAUAAAAGAUUGACAAUAAAAGAAGCUACUAAACACCAUUGGUUUGUGAAUGUGAAAAGUAAAAUUAAAUCUUUGAAAGUUGAAAGAAAAAGAAAAAAACCACUUCCAAGUUUAAGAACCAUAAUUGAAUUAAGAGAAAUGAGUGAAAUGGAUGUGAGAAUGACAAUUAUUUAACAACAAUAAAGUGGAUUAAAUGCUUUAAAUCAUAUGAAUUCUAAGUUAUAAUCAACUCCCUCUAAUACUAAACGAACUUUAAUUUACACCCAACAACCCUCUAAACUCAUUCAAUAUGUGGCCAAGAAUGAAUUUGAUGAUGAUUAUGAAAUCCCUGAUGAAGAACUCUAUUUGGAAGUCCCUGUGAUUAGACGCAAAAGGGAACCCAAAAAACGACCUUCCAACAUCAAAUUGCUCUGA